AUGGAGGGCGUUCUAAAUUUCGACCAAGAGCUCGACAUGGGCCUUCUCGACCGCGUCGUCACCACCUUCUUCCAAGGCGCCGGCCAAGAUCAAGCACAAGCCCAACAAAUUCUUACCCAAUUCCAAGAACAUCCCGACGCAUGGACCAAAGUGGAUCAGAUCAUCGAACACGCACAAAACCCCCAAACCAAAUAUAUCGCUCUCUCCGUCUUGGACAAGCUCAUCUCGACCCGUUGGAAGAUUUUGCCGCCUGAGCAGAGACAGGGGAUCAGGAACUUUAUUGUUGGGGUUAUCAUUAAGAGUUCGUCGGAUGAUUCGUUGUUGACGAGGGAGAGGACGUAUCUUAAUAAGCUCAACCUUACGCUUGUUCAGGUUCUGAAACAGGAGUGGCCGAAGCAUUGGCCAACGUUCAUUCCGGAGGUCGUCGCCUCCUCGAGAACCAACUUGAGUUUGUGCGAGAACAACAUGGCGAUUCUCAAGUUGUUGUCCGAAGAGGUCUUUGAUUACUCGGCGGAGCAGAUGACGAUGGCAAAGACGAAGAACUUGAAGAACCAGCUAUGCGGGGAGUUCUCAGAGAUCUUCCAGUUGUGUUCGGAGGUACUGGAGAAGGCGCAGAAGGCAACCUUGAUCAAGGCGACUUUGGAGACGUUGCUGAGGUUCUUGAACUGGAUUCCAUUGGGGUACAUUUUCGAGACCAACAUCAUCGAGAACUUGAGAGGCAGGUUCCUGGAGGUUCCCGAGUUCCGCAAUGUCACGCUCAAGUGCUUGACCGAGAUCGGUGGGUUGUCCGUCGGAGCGCAGUACAACGAGAAGUUUGUUGUCAUGUUCAAGUCGGUCAUGACCUCCAUUCAGGCAAUGGUACCCAUCGCCACCAGCAUCAAGGACGUCUACGAGAACGCUUCCUCGAACGAUCAGGAUUUCAUCCAGAACCUCGCGCUCUUCCUCUCUACUUUCCUCGGUACCCACCUCGAGAUCUUGGAGACGCCUGAUACGAAGGAUAUGCUCCUCGCUGCACACUUCUACCUCAUCAAGAUCUCCCAGGUCGACGAGCGCGAGAUCUUCAAGAUCUGUCUGGAGUACUGGUCUAAGCUCGUCCAAACUCUUUACGAAGAGAUGCAGUCACUGCCCGCAACGGACGUCAAUCCCCUCCUCAACCUCUCGAUGGGUGGCGCGUACAACAACGGUACCGUAGCGAAUGUGAACUUGAGAAAGAAUGCGUAUCAUGAGGUACUCUCUAAUUUGCGUGUCGUUAUGAUUGAGAAAAUGGUUAAGCCUGAGGAGGUCCUCAUUGUUGAGAACGACGAGGGAGAGAUCGUGCGUGAGUUCAUCAAGGAGUCUGAUACCAUCACCCUCUACAAGUCCAUGCGUGAGUGUUUGGUUUAUCUCACCCAUCUGGACGUCCUCGACACGGAGAUUAUUAUGUCCGACAAGUUGCAGCGCCAGGUCGAUGGAUCGGAGUGGUCUUGGGCGAACUUGAACACCCUUUGCUGGGCCAUCGGAUCCAUCUCCGGUGCGAUGAACGAGGAGACCGAAAAGAGGUUCUUGGUCACCGUCAUCAAGGACCUCCUCGGUCUCUGCGAGAUGAAGCGCGGAAAAGACAACAAAGCCGUCGUUGCCUCCAACAUCAUGUACAUCGUCGGCCAAUACCCACGUUUCUUGAAAGCGCACUGGAAGUUCCUGAAGACUGUCGUCAACAAGUUGUUUGAGUUCAUGCACGAGCUUCACGAGGGUGUCCAGGAUAUGGCUUGUGACACCUUCAUCAAGAUCGCGCAAAAGUGCCGCAGACACUUUGUCGCACAACAAACCGGCGAACACGAACCCUUCAUCGACGAGAUCGUCCGCAAUUUGUCGCGUAUCACGAACGAUUUGCAGCCGCAGCAGGUUCAUACUUUCUACGAGGCGUGUGGGUAUAUGAUUUCUGCGCAGCCUCAAAAACAUAUUCAGGAGCGUUUGAUCUCGGAUUUGAUGGCGAUGCCGAAUGGGGCUUGGGAUACCGUUAUCCAGCAGGCUGGACAGAACGUUGAUGUCCUUUCUGAUCCGGGGACUGUCAAGAUCAUUGGGAAUGUUCUCAAGACAAAUGUGAGCGCGUGUACGAGUGUUGGACACUAUUUCUAUCCUCAGAUCGCGAAGAUUUAUUUGGAUUUAUUGGGGUUGUACAAAGCUACGAGUGGUGUUAUCUCUGAUACUGUUGCGGCGCAGGGACCGGUUGCGACGAAGACGCCGAGGGUUAGGGGUUUGAGGACGAUUAAGAAGGAGAUUUUGAAGCUGGUUGAGACCUAUGUCGAAAAGACCGAGGAUGGAAACUUGGUGAACGACAACCUCGUUGCUCCGCUCUUGGAGACUACCCUUGGUGAUUACCAGCGUAACGUCCCUGACGCGCGUGAUGCGGAGGUCUUGAAGGUCGUUGAUGCGAUCGUCGCUAAGCUCGGUCCGUUGAUGAUGGAUAAGAUCCCCCCGAUCUUGGAUGCGGUGUUUGAGCCUACGUUGAGUAUGAUCAACAGGGAUUUCACGGAGUACCCUGAGCAUCGUGUCGCGUUCUUCAACUUGAUCCGCGAUAUCAACUUGCACUGUUUCCCGGCAUUGGUGUCUUUGCCUCCGGCGCAGUUUAAGUUGUUUAUUGACUCGAUUGUGUGGUCGUUCAAGCAUGUUGGACGUGAUGCGCAGGAGACGGGUCUCAACAUCUGUCUUGAGCUCAUUAACAACAUUGCUGGUAUGGACCCCGGAGUCUCGUCUGCGUUCUUCCAGUUGUACUUUGUCAGUCUUCUUCAGGAUGUUUUCUUCGUUCUUACCGAUUUGGAGCACAAGGCUGGAUUCCGAUUGCAAUCGACGAUUUUGGCCAGGAUGUUCGAGUUGGUUGAGAAUGACUUGAUUAAGGCUCCUCUAUCCGAGAACCAGACCGUGAGCAAUGUGGAGUUCUUGAGGGGAUACGUCAUGAACCUCCUCGCUACCGCAUUUCCCCACCUUCAGCCCGUUCAGAUGCAGUCGUUUACUACUGGGUUGUUUGCACUCAACAAGGAUCCUGUCAAGUUCAAGCAGUGCUUGCGUGAUUUCUUGAUCUCGUUGAAGGAGUUUGCGGGAGAGGAGGAGGCUACAUCCGAGUUGUACCUCGAUGAGCGCGAAAACGAGUUACAAGCGAGACAGUUGGCGGAUAGGGAGAGGGCGUUGGCGGUACCUGGUAUGGUCAAGCCUGCCGAUCUGCCAGCAAUGCAGACACCUGAGGACCGUUGCGAAGAUGCUGUUUCGCCGACCCCAUCCGCCCCCUCCGUCCCCUCUGCGCCAUCCGCAAUCAUCGCACCAGUCGCAUCAGGGCAAACUCCCGCCAACAAGGACACGGAGGAAAUCCCAACCCCUCUCCUCGGCCAAGAUAAGUCUCAAUAUUGGGGCUCCGAGGAGGAGGAGGGGGAGGGUGUUCUCGGAGAUGGUGAGAAGGAUGGUCUCGCCCAUCGCACUCCCGUGGACAUGACUCCGGCCGCCGGGAAGAGGGCUAUUUCUGCCGGGUUUGCCGUCUUGAACACAGACUUGCCGAAACGGCCUCGCACUGCUGUGGAGGAGGAGUUGAAAGGAGAGUAUGUUGACGGGUUGAUUGGCGCGAAGUGA